AUGCUAGAAGCAUUUACCACCACUGCCACAGCAACUUACGAGCAGCAACAACGUACUCAUUUAGCAUUACAGCUACCAGAAAUUGUCACAAAUAUUAUUACACAUAUCGCCAACAGCAGCAGCCACACCGCAGCCACAGCGGCAGUCAAGAAUGACAAGAGCAACUUAUAUCAAUGUCUUUUUGUAAAUCGGCUAUGGCAAGACUGUGCCUCGCGUGCCAUUUACCGAACACUUCAGUUUGGCGAACAUAAGGCCAACUACGAAGCAUUUACUAAAUUUGCUUCUAUGUUCUCCGAUGAGCCAGUGCUGUCGCAGCAGCGCAAUCUCGCACCCUAUAGUACACCUGCCUCGCUGGCCAACAUCAGCAACAACACGGACUAUCCAUAUACUUCAGCGUUUUUGUCCCGUUUGAACGAUCCCAUACUAGAUGAACGACCACAACGACUGAACACAUAUCGACGAACACUACGAUCACUCACUUUACGCAAGUUUAAAGACCCCACACCGAUUACACAAGCAUUGCAACAAGUUGGAAAGCACGCAGUACGGAUCGAAAGGCUAGAAUUGUAUAUUUGCGAUUCAGUUACAGACAAAUCUGUAUUUACAUUUUUGCAUCAUGGAACGCUGACUCACUUGACACUGGCCGGUUGUUAUCAAAUCACUGACGCACUAGUUACCCAAGUCGCCGAAUCAUGUCCUAAUCUGUCACUGUUGGACGUACGUGCCUGUGGUUAUGUAUCCGACAAGUCCAUUACACAAAUUGCAUUGAGGUGUCCGAAGCUGUACCAUCUCAACGUUGGCCGAGUGCGCGACCGUGAACGGAUUACGAAUGCAUCGAUUAAUCUGGUUGCUCAACAUACAAAUAUCGGCGUCUUGGGUUUGGCUGGCUGCGAUAUCACGGACGAGUGCAUGUUGCUAUUGGCCACGCAUCGGAAUCGUGCAUUGGAACGGAUAUCCGUCAAUAACUGUCGCCGUUUAACAAACAAGUCAGUCCAUGCGUUUGUGAAGCAUUGUCGGAACCUUGUCGUUUUCGAGAUGAAGGAAUGUCAUUUAGUGAACGAUUGGGAACCGGUGGCCGAGAUGGUCAAACGUAAAGUAUUGCUGACUUUAUGUGAGCAGCAAAACAGAGACUGUGUAGAAUGGGCAAAGGCGCAUGGUCGUACUUUGCAUGUUAGAGCACCACUUAAAUAA